AUGGUAGGAGUGGUUCAAGAAGAAGGAUCAUCAUCUGUAACUUCACCACCUCUUCAGUUCUUUCCGUGGAUGCCUCUAUCACCAGGGAUAGGAUCGCCAUACCCUUGGCUGAGGGAGCUGAAAUCUGAGGAGAGGGGUUUGUGUCUGAUCCAUCUUCUUCUUGGCUGUGCUAACCAUGUAGCGGCUGGUAGUGUUGAGAAUGCAAAUCUUGGCCUUGAGCACAUCUCCCAUCUUGCCUCUCCUGAUGGUGAUACCAUGCAGCGAAUUGCUGCUUACUUCACCGCAGCACUUGCUGAUCGCAUUCUCAAAGGAUGGCCUGGUUUGCACAAAGCUCUCAAUCCAAAACAAGCAUCUUUGAUAUCUGAAGAAAUUCAUGUUCAAAGAUUAUUCUUUGAGCUCUGUCCCUUCUUAAAGCUUUCUUAUGUGAUCACAAAUCAGGCUAUUAUAGAAGCUAUGGAAGGGGAGAAGAUGGUUCAUAUCAUUGAUUUAAAUUCAUUUGAACCUGCCCAGUGGAUUAAUCUUCUUCAAACAUUAAGUGCACGGCCUGAGGGCCCGCCUCAUCUGAGAAUUACAGGUAUUCAUGAGCAGAAAGAGGUGCUGGAGCAAAUGGCUCUCCGGUUAACAGAAGAAGCUGAAAAGCUAGACAUCCCAUUUCAGUUUAAUCCUAUAGUGAGCAAACUAGAGAAUCUUGACCUUGAAAAUUUGCGUGUUAAGACUGGAGAAGCUCUUGCUGUCAGUUCUGUACUUCAGCUGCAUACUCUCCUGGCAAUGGAUGAUGAGAUGCAUAGAAGGAACUCUCCAUCAGGAUCUAAGAAUCCAAGCUCUAACCAUUUUCAGAGAGUUUUAAAGAUUAACCCAAACCGACGUACUCUAGGUGAGUGGCUUGAGAAAGAUUUUGUCAAUGUCUAUAGCUCAAGUCCUGACUCAGCAUUAUCCCCACUAUCUCUUGCUGCUUCACCGAAGAUGGGCAGCUUUCUAAAUGCACUUAGGAGUCUCUCACCAAAAUUGAUGGUGAUAACUGAGCAAGAAUCAAAUCAUAAUGGGUUUACUUUAAUGGAGAGGGUCACAGAAGCAUUGAAUUUUUAUGCUGCACUAUUUGAUUGCUUGGAGUCUACUGUAUCAAGAGCAUCAUUAGAGCGGCAUAAGGUUGAAAAGAUUCUAUUUGGGGAGGAAAUUAAGAACAUCAUUGCUUGUGAGGGAACUGAUAGAAAGGAGAGGCAUGAGAAGUUGGAGAAGUGGAUUCUAAGGCUUGAGUUGGCUGGGUUCGGGAGCAUUCCUCUGAGCUACCAUGGUAGGCUGCAGGCAAACAGGUUAUUGCAGAGCUAUGGCUAUGAUGGAUAUAAAAUCAAAGAAGAAAAUGGAUGUUUGUUUAUUUGCUGGCAGGAUAGACCGCUUUAUUCUGUCUCUGCUUGGAGAUUCAGGAGGUAUGAUUGA